UUGGAAAAGACUGGAAAUGUCUCAAUAAAACUAACGAAAUAAUAUCAUUUGUUACAUAUUAAUAAAAAUUUAAGGCAAUAGUUGCAUCUAUCGAUCUUUUUGCCUUCAAUUCAGUGAAUUUGUUCAGUGUAUAUAGUUUUUGUUUUAUUUUAAAAACUGCUUUAGUAAAUGAUAUAAUAUUUGUAAAUAUCAAAUACACAAUCUGAGUUUAAAUCAAACAUUAAUCAAAGCCGGCGAUUGUGUCGUGCCUAUAAGUUUAGAACUUGUUUUGUGCUCACUCUGCGUCUCAAACGCGUCGCGAACUAUAUUUUCUUGAAGUUUCCAUGCUUUAUCACGCAGAAUGGACGAUUCUUCAAAGCCUAGCACAUCAAAGUGUGGCCAGCCGCACACGAGCACGCAGCCGGCCUACGAGCUGACAGUGGGUGCCGGCGUCCAGGACGCUAGCGCCGCCGGCUUUGCGGAGGUUGCGGGUGCCGGCGCGCUGCUUUCCCUGCACGCGCCGCUGCCGCACCUGCAGCACCCGCUGCCACUGCCGCUGCCGGCACCACUGGCAAUGCCGCUGCCGGUGUCCCAGCGCGAUGUCGCCGCCGCCGUCCUCAAGAGGAGCUCCUCGCAGAACAUUUCGGACGGGUUCGAGUUGACGAAUUGCGAAGUGAUCACCAUCUCGUCCACUUCCGACGCCGCCGCCACGAGGAAGCGGAAACCAUCGCCGUACAGUACGUGCAGCACCUACGACGAUGACGGCAACGAGGAUUCGCGAUCUAACCGCAGCACCUUACCUGAUAAGCGGCAAAACCACAGCGAGAUCGAGAAGCGGCGCCGCGACAAGAUGAACAACUACAUCACUGAGCUUAGCUCCAUGAUCCCGAUGUGCACCGCCAUCAUGCGCAAGCUCGACAAGCUCACCGUGCUGCGCAUGGCGGUGCAGCACAUGAAAAGCAUCCGCGGCGCCAUGUCGGCGGGCCCGCUGUCGGUGCGUCCGAAGCCCACCUUCCUGUCGGAUCGCGCGCUCAACGGCAUGGUGCUGGAGGCCGCCAAGGACUGCUUCGUCAUGGUGGUGAGCUGCUCGCGCGGCCGCCUGCUCUACGUGUCCGCCUCCGUCACCAACAUGCUGCAGUACGACAAGGCGGAGUUGCUGGGGCAAAGCCUGUUCGACAUCCUGCACCCGAAGGACGUGGCCAAAGUGAAGGAGCAGUUGUCGUCGUCAGACCUCAGCCCGCGGGAGCGCCUCAUCGACGCCAAGACCAUGCUGCCGGUGAAGUCGAUGGUGUCGGGCGCGUCGCGGCUGUGCGCGGGCGCGCGGCGCUCGUUCUUCUGCCGCAUCAAGUGCCGGCCCGCUACCGUCAUCACGGCGACCAGCGGCGGCGCCGCGCGCGUCAAGGAGGAGCACAGCCAGCCCAAGGCGCGCAAGCUGGCCGAUAAGAAGUACUGCGUCGUGCAGUGCACCGGCUACCUGAAGUCGUGGGCGCCCGCCAACAUCAGCGAGACGGGCGAUGGCGCGGCCGACGAGAGCGACUGCAACUUGUCGUGCUUGGUGGCCGUGGGGCGCUGCCUGGCCGACCUGACGCCGCUGGUGGCGCCCGCGCCGCACAAGCGCAGCCUCGCGUUCGCCUCGCGUCACACCACCGACAGCAAGUUCGUCUUCGUUGACCAGCGGGUGACGCUGGUGCUGGGCUACCUGCCGCAAGAGCUGCUGGGCACCAGUCUGUACGAGCACGUGAGCGCCCCGGAGUUGGGCGCGGUGGCCAAGACGCACAAGACUGCGCUCCUGCAGCGCAACCCGCUCAAGACGCCGCCCUACAGCUUCAAGAAGAAGGACGGCACCUACGUGCGCAUACAGACGCACUUCAAACCCUUCAACAACCCGUGGACCAAGGACGUGGAGUGCUUGAUCGCCAACAACACUGUGGUGACGGAGGAGUGGGCGCAGCCGGCCGCACGUGGAGAGUGCUACGACAUGUACAACAGAAGCGAGCCGUACAGCGAUCAGGUUGAUAGUGGGGUUUCAGAGGCCGACCUGGAGAUGCAGCGCCUAAUUGACUCGCAGGUGGAAUCGCACAAGAUCGGCUCCACGAUCGUCCAGGAGGUAUUGAGGGCGUCCACGGAGUUACCGUCCAAUCUUUCAUCAGACGUGCUUCAGGACUCUGCGUACAUCCAAGAGCCGGAGUUGCUGGAGGGCUCGCAGCCGAUGUACGAGCAGGUGCGCCACCUGGUGGCGCCGAGCGCGGACGGGGCCCCGCCGUCUCCGCGGGCGGCCACCCCUCCGCCGCGCAUUGCGCCGCCGCACGAGCUGGACGGCAACGGCGAAGCCACCAUGGCGGUCAUCAUGAGCAUGCUGGAGGCCGAGGCCGGGCUGGGCGGGCCCAUCAACUACUCCAGCCUGCCCUGGCCCCUGCCCUAAGCGCCACGAGCCACUCCGUCCCGCCCGCGCCUUCAAUGUUAAACGACGGGGCGACCGGGUAGCCGUAGUACGAGAUUCACUCGCAAUCGAGGAAUCGUUUACGAGUAUGGAAACACGUGAGCAUCUUACCUGCUUUCUGUUCAAACUCAGUUUCUCUACUAUUCUUUAACUCCACUUUUCACAGAACAUUUGUAAAACAAAGGAUUUGAGACUUUUUAACGCGUAACAUUCAGACCAUUAGAAUUUGAUGGUACAUGAUUACAUUCUCGAAAACGAUUAAAUCUUCUACUAAGGCUACGUAUUUGAUGUGGUCCCUACUAAUUGAACUUUCGCACUAAAUUUUUUCUAACUCGUCUUAUAAUGUAAACAAACAUACUUUUAGUGUAUAAUAGGUUAAAAUGAAU